CUCGAAUUCAUCUUCCGGCUUCGAGUCUCUUCAUCGCUUGUCUUUUUUUUCCCUCGCGCGCGAGUUUCUGCUUGGAGCUACCUGGUAGUCUGUCUUCUUCUUCUUCUUCUUCUUCUUCUUCUUCUUCUUUGUUGUUGUCGACUUCACUCUCUGUUUGAAUAUCUGGAGCGAUCGUCGUACCUCAACAUGUCACACGAUAUCACCCACUCCGUCAAAUCGGAACCCCACGAUGACUCGGAAGAUGUGCGCAGCUGGUCCGGGGACUUCGACCCGUUGGCCGACGCCGAGGAGCGCCGGGUGCUUUUUGCUGCAUUGGAUUCCUUCAGACAAUAUCGGAGAACGGCGCAUAUGAAUACAACGCACCGGCGACGACAAGCAUUCUACGCGCUGCCCUCGGCGCAUUGGCAGAUGCUCGCCGAGCCGCCCUUCUCGAUCCUCGAGAACUUCAACCGGGUAGACGAUGCCAUCGACAUGAAUGCGGAGAUCGCGGACGCGAUUCUGGCCACGGGCCUAUCGUCCUUUGGUCUGUCGCCCGACCCGAACCCGGAGGACCCCCGGGAGAACUGGCACGAAACGGCCAAUACCUCCGAUGUCAACAAGGCCCAUUCGACCUUGAGGCAGUUCUACCGCGACUGGAGCGCCGAGGGGCGCGCCGAGAGAGAAGUCUGCUAUGACCCGGUCCUCCAGGACUUGCGCACCGAGUUUGGUGCGCGCGCCGCUGCGGGCCAGGAAAUCAGGGUGCUGGUCCCGGGGGCUGGCCUGGGUCGCCUGGUCUUCGACAUCGCUCGGGCAGGCUUCUCACCCGAGGGCAACGAGAUCUCCUACCAUCAGCUUUUGGCCAGCAGCUGGGUCCUCAACCACACCCUCGGUCCUCAAAAGCACACGCUCUACCCCUUUGCCCUGCACUUCUCGAAUCUGCUGUCGCGGGAGCAACAGCUCCAGACCGUGAUGAUCCCCGACCAACAUCCGGGCACUGUGAUGGCAGAAGCGGCGGAGAACCCCGAGGGCCCUCCGUUCGGCCAGAUGAGCAUGUCGGCGGCCGACUUUGUGGUGCUCUACCGCCAGCUUGACAACCGAGAGGCAUUCGAUGCGGUGGCGACGGUCUUCUUUAUUGAUACCGCCCCGAACCUGAUCCGGUAUAUCGAAACAAUCCACCACUGCUUGAAGCCGAACGGGCUCUGGAUCAACGUCGGGCCGCUGCUAUGGCAUUUCGAGGACGGGGCCAACCGCAGCCACGAGAACAGCCACGACUCGCAGGACCAGGGGAUCAGCGAGCCAGGGAAUGUGGAGUUAACAGAGGCCGAAGUGUUCUGCCUCGUGGAGCGGAUGGGCUUCGUGAUCGAGCAGCGCCAGCCGGCACACGAACGGCCGUGGUGUGGGUACAUCCAGGACCCCAACAGUAUGCUGUUGCCGUUGUACCGGCCAUCGCACUGGGUGGCACGCAAGACAAGCCACUGAACCAGUGCUCUGAACUUCCUUCCCCCCUUUUUUUUUCUCCAUCUAUCUUUCUCCGUCUUGGAAAUAGUCAAGGUCAU